AUGGAAAGUUGGAAAAAAAUUACAUAUGUGGUGGCCGUUUUUAUGUUUCUGAUUCAAAUACGUCCACUAGAGCCAUAUUUAACAGCUUAUCUCACAGGGCCAAAUGGGAACGUUUCUCUUUGGGAGGUGGCUAACUCGUUGGAGUCCAUUAGAUCAUACGCUGCUCUUAUAGCAACUCUGAUAAUGUUAAUCGUCUCAGACUAUCUUCUAUACAAGCCGGUGGUCAUAAUCUUAACAUUUUGGUCAUGUAUCACUUAUAUUCUCAUGGCAGAUUUACCAAGCUUAACACGACUAAAAGUGUCUAUGUUCUUCUAUGGAUCAGCAUACUGUACCACAACAGUAGCAUCAUGUUAUUUAUUUGCCUGUAUCAAAGACAGAAAACAUUUUCAAAAGUCUGCCAGCAUUGCAGCUGUUGGUUUGCAGCUAGGAAAAUUCUUUGGAGACAUCUCUGGGCAAAUCAUAGUCAGCUCAAGUGGAGGAAGCUAUGUAUCACUGCCAUACUGUAAUGCAUUUGCUAUGUUCUUGGCUACAAUUUGGGCAUUUUUAUUUCCUUCUAUUAAACCAAAAAAUUCAUUGAACACAAACUGUCCUGAUGAAAAGACCAUGCUCCUCGGAAACAGUGAAACAACUACAUCUGACACUCAUGAAAUAAAAUAUUGUAUUAACAAGGUGGAUAAAGAUUAUAAGAUAGUUGUUGUUUUAAAACAAAUCUGGUUGGAUUUUAAGACUUCACUCUCAAAUAAAAUUAUACUAAAAAAAUCUGUUUGGUAUAUAUUUGGCAUGGCGGCAUAUGUUCAGGUUUUAAAUAAUAUGAACAUACUGUACUCAUAUGUUGUUAAUAAACAUGGUAAUAAUGAUAUCUUGUCAAAUGGAUUUGCUGAGUCAAUGGUCACAUUGUGUGGUGCAUUGGGUGCAUAUCUAAUUGGUAAAUUGCAAUUGGAUUGGAAUGACUAUGGUGAUAUAUUUACAUCAUUCUGUUCUAUUUUGAUGGGUGUUUUCAUGAUGUCUUGUUACUUUUAUGAGCAUAUACAAUUAAUAUAUUUGUCAUAUAUAUUAUAUGGUCUAGUUAGUGAAGCAAUAUUAGUAAUAACCUUAUGUGAAAUGGCAAAUCAUCUAAAGAGCCAAUGUUAUUCCCUUGUAAUAGGGUUUGAUUUAUUAGGUUCCUUAGUUAUGUCUGCUAUUAUGACGUUUUUCUUUAUUCAAUUUAAUUUUUUAGAAAUUACUGUCCCUGGACGAUUUUUGUUCAUUGGUGGAUUGUACAGUGUCCUUGGAACCAUGUUUCUAAUCAUACACUUUUUCGAUGGCGAAAAAGAAAACAAAUACUGA